UCCUUAAAAACCCAUCAACUUCGACGACCGGACGUUAUAAUCUUUACCAAAUUCCCGAACAAGAAAACCCUAAUCUCUGUGAAAAACGAAGAAAAACCAGCGAGGAUGUCGUACGACGACGUGGAGAUUGAGGACAUGGAGUGGAACGACGAGCUCCAAGCUUUCACAUAUCCUUGUCCGUGCGGCGACCUGUUCCAAAUCACAAAGGAAGAUCUGAAGCUAGGCGAAGAGAUCGCUCGAUGCCCUAGCUGUUCCCUGUACAUCACUGUUAUUUAUAAUAUGGAAGAUUUCCUCGGAGAUUCCAAUAAACACGUUGAGCCUUCGAAACAACAGCCAAUUGCUGUCGCUUGAGAACCUCAAAAUUUAGGUUUUUUUUGUCCAAUUGAAGAUUAUGGUAUCAUAUUGUAAUACGUAGUGGUUCGAACUGGCUUAACUGCCUGAAAUUUUGAUGUAUUGAGAAAGAAGGAUUACUGGUGUUUGAAGUUUGUCCACUUUAGAAUUUAGAUUAUGAAUUUUAUUGGGAUUGCAAUAAAUUAUAGUACGUAAUUAUGUACUAUCUUUUCUGCUAUUUGAUUGCUUGUGCAGAGUUCAACAAUUAUGUGUUGAAGCUGCUCAUCUUGAGGUGCUGUAAAUUGGUGUACCUUUGUAGGAUUGAAGCUUUAACUUGUACGGUAGUAUUUUGUUACCUGAUGCCGUAAGUCGAAGCUGUAGCAAUGGUAAUUGUAAUUGUGUUUUGCCCAUGAA